AUGACGACGAUAAUGGCGUUCCUCGAAACCGCUUUGCAAAAUAAAUAUUGUUUGUUGCCCAACUGUCCACUUCUUUUUUUGUCUCCUGAAGCCAUAUGCCUGCGCUCAUUUACGCGUGCUUGUUUUAGUUCCACCAACAUGUCACGCACUAUUUCAGCCGCAUUUGCAAGGGGUCUCAAGUGUCCUGAUCUGGGUUUGCCCUCGGUCCUCCUCAAAUUCUUCGUCUUCCGUCUCCUCAAUCGUCCACUAAACCGGUAUGCAGUGGAAAAGUGCGAUCUCAAACCAGGACACUGUGUGCUGGAUGUGGGUUCCGGUUUGGGUAUUGGAAUACACUACGCAUUGAAACGCGUCGCUCCACGCACCAUCUCUUACCUCCGGUUUAAUCCGCCAGCUCGCGUCUUUGGACCCCAGUGGCUCGCGCGUCUGGGUCUCGUUCCUCUGAAGGUCUCUACAUCCCUCGAUAAAGACGGUAUUGUCCAUGGUCUUGACACCUCUGUGGCGAUGAUUCGACUGUCACGAAGCCGCCUCAAGUCCUUUAUCAGGUCGGAGCGGGUUAUUCUUCACAAUAGCAGUGUUCAAAACAUACCACUUCAGACUGCCAGCGUGGACGCCUGCUUCCACGUUGACUCCUUCUACUUCUGGCCGUCGUUGGUAGAGGCGCUGGAAGAGGUCUUGCGAGUUUUACGGCCCGGUGGGGUGGUGGUGACUGCCUUUGCCCCGCACCACCUCAAUCGGUUCACGCAAUGGGGUUGGAUGCGCUAUGCUCGGCCUGACAUUCUGGCCUACGCCAUGGCGCUGGAGUCUGUGGGCUUCUGCGAUGUUGAGUGGAUCAAAAACGACCCUUUGGCACCGACUGGUGUACAGUGUAUUAGGGCGCACAAACCACCACUUAAGCUAUUGACUUAG